AUGUAAAUCAUAUUUGUAAUAAAUGGCUGUAGCUUAGUUGUUAAUUUUGUUGUUUUUGUUUAAAGGCAAGGCAUUGACCCGGAAGCUACGCGACACUUCCGCGGGGUUGUGCUGGUUUUUGACAGCUGCAGGUUCAAGGUUGUGGAAUGAAGGACGCACGUGAGCACAUCAGUCUCUACAUCAUAUAGAACAGCGUUUGUAAGUGGAAAUGUCGAGCCUGUCAGCAGCCAGUGUGGAUACUUCACCAGCAAUAGAGGGGGCAGAGCAGAAGAAACCUCUCAAACCAUGCUGUGCGUGUCCUGAGACCAAAAAAGCACGAGAUGCAUGCAUAAUUGAAAAGGGAGAAGAAAGCUGCACAGACCUCAUCGAAGCGCACAAGGAGUGCAUGAGGGCACUUGGUUUUAGGAUAUAAUACUACCAUCAUUAUCAGAUUGAGUGAAUGUUAAUGACAACCUGUGUGAAAUGGGACCCCGGUGUGCUCGUUUAUUUAUAUUUUUUACACUGCAGGGAAGAUUAUACAGGGCUGAAUUUAUUCCUCUAAGGGAAAUGUCUGUCUUUUCUUUCUCUUUCUUUCAUAUGUGAUACAUUUAUGGUCAAUAAAGAUCCUAUGCAAGAUGCUAA